AUGUUUCUGUCCCUCCUGAUGAGCCUUGUCUUUAUGUGCUUCCCCCGGGUGUCUUUGGGUGCUGGUAUCGGAGCUCAACCGGACUUGUCCCUCACACUCCUCCAAGCACAUCAAGUCCCCCUCCGCCCGAUCCAGCUGCGGACACCACCGACCUUCAACGAGACACCCUCGAAGCCAUGGGACCCGAUGCCACCAAACUGGUUCCUGGGGAACUGGUUCAUCACGUACUCCAACCAAGAGCUCUACCAAAUCUUCCGGAAUUUCAUCUGGACCUUGACACGGCCUUGCGCGAAUGACUCGUGCUACCCGCUCCAGGCCACGCACCUCGCCACCUUGACGACCUUUCAGCUCGUAAAUGACAUGAAGAAGCCCAACGCCACGUACAUGGCGUAUUCGCUCGACACGGCCGUCAGUGACGCUGUUGGAGGUGUCUACCACAGCGUGCCCACGGCCUCCCUCGCUGCGCAGAACAACACGUACGAGGUCAUCGGCUGGGGUUACGACUCUCACGGCGACGGCUUCGUGGUCGUCUAUGAGACACCCGCAGCGUCACAGUCGGUGGCGUCGCUCGAUAUCUUCAGCCGAGCGCCCUCGGGCCCGACCAACGACACCCUCGACGCCAUCAAGUCUGGCAUUCAAAAGCUGGGCAACCAGAGUUUGAUUGACCUGUUGAAGGACGUGAUAAGGACGCCACAGGACGGAGGAAGGGACCACGAUCCCUGGCCUGCGUGUAAUGCCACCUGCAGAACCAACGAUUAUCAUCUCUACCUGCGCAGAGCUGGGAAGGAAUCCGAAGAGCUGGUCCAGGCACUAUUCGAACUUUUGGCAAAUCCCGAGGCAAACCACACGAUCCAGUUCAUCGUCCGCACGAACAUCCAGGUGCUCCGCAAACUGCAACAAGAAGUGUGUCAUGAUCGAUGGAAAGUCGUGAAGAAGAAGACAAUCGAUGUCAUCCACUUGGAUUCUGAUAGCGAAGGAGACGACGGCAAACCUCACGUUGAAACACUUGCUCAAGAGACCCUGCAUACAUCAGAAGAGCAGAAGAACUGGGCUGCCAUUUUGGAAUUUGAGGUCAAGAUAUCAGAGAUUGCUCUGCAACGGCUACGCAUCGCAAACGAGGCUUCGGUGCUGGUUCGAAAAGAAAAGACUUCGAGCAUCAGCGAGGAGGAGAGUGAGCGGCUGGAGGCUCAGUUCAUCGACUUCCAAAGCUGGCGAGCGAUCAUGAUUAGGUGGGUAUUACAGGUGAAUAGGAUGACUGGCAACCGCGAUUUUCUGCGGCGCCACCGGAAUGAGCUUUGGGAUAUCGUGGGCCACAACUUGGAAGGCUGA